AUGAACCCUUUAAUAGAGUAUAGAAGAAUAAAACAAGCUGUUUUUAAUAAACAUAAUUUAAGUCUUAAAAGAGAAAUUUUAAAAAAUGAAAAUAAAGAAAUUAAAAAUAAAGGAAAUAUAAAAAGUAUAUCUAAUAAAAUUACUGAAAAUAAAACAUGUGGAAAAAGUUAUGAAGAGAAUGAAAUACGAAUAAAAAAGAAUAAUAGUUUAGUUAAAGAAGAUCUAGAAGUUUCUCAUAUCUACCAAGAUGAUGUUAAAAAUGCUAAAAUAUUGGUAAAAUAUGAAUAUUGCUAUAUAUGUGAAACUGCAAAACCUUGUCAUUGUAAUGAAGAAAAUUAUCAAUAUGAAGAGGAUAUAUCCAAUUGGAACAAAGCAAAAAUUAAGUCAAAUAUUCACUCAAAUUUUAAAGAUAUAUCAAAUUUAAUAGAAAAGAUUCAAGAAAAUAAGAAAAAACAAGAAGAUAAUAAAAAUAAUAAGACUCAAAAAAACACCAUAAAAAGAGAUGAAUAUAUUCAACAAAAAAAAAAUGAAAAAGAAAUAAAAAAAAGUUUGAGUAAUUAUGAAAAAUUUUAUCUUGAGAAAGUUAAAAUAAUUAAACUUAAGCUAAACAAUUUAAGAAAUGGAAAAAAUUGGAAUGAAGAAUUAGUUAAAGGAAAAGACACUGGAAAAGUAGUGACUACUAAUAAUGAGAAUAACAUUGAAGAAAGACUAGCUGCACUAGAGGAUAUAGAAAAGAAGCAUUUGCAAUUGUUACUAGAUUUAUUCGAAGAAUACAUAGAUAUAGAAGAAAAGAUACUUUAA